CAACUGUUAACUCUUAUCCAUUGUUAAUUCCUUCCUUCUAAUUGCUAUCACCAUUUUCACAAAAAAUGCUUCUUCCAUGUCAAAAAUACACUCUUUAUCUUCCUUGUUCUUCUAUUCACACCUCCAAAAACCCAAAACCCACCACCAUUUUCAAUUGCCAAAACCCAAACGAACAACACCACCCUAGAAAACACAACUCCAAAUCCACAUCGUUUCUUAUUCACCACCUCUCACACAAACACAGCGAAAACCACACUUCACCCUCUGAACUACAAGACCCAACACCGCACGACGAAAAAGUGAAGCUUUUGGAGCUUGCUCUUGUAAGAAAAAGAACCCCACAAUUUCCCGGUUCCAUCUACGCUCAAUCGCCUAGCGACCCUGAUGUGGGUUCUUCUCUUCCACCUCUUAAAACCCUUUUUCGAUCUUGUCAUGAAGAAGAAGAGGUGAUGAUUAUGCAAGCUCUUGAAAUUCGUAGGAAGGUUACUGAAGAGGUUUUUAAAGAAGCCAUGCGAAAGGGUAAAUUUGGAAUUACGUAUACUACCAAUUUGGUUUCUAGGUUGGGUGGUUUCAUUGAUUAUGUUAUGAUUGAAGCUGCUAAUUUGAAAAGAUUGCCUGAAUAUUCUCAUUCCACUUUCAAUUUACGCGCCAAAACUGUCAUCGAUGAUUCUCAAGUUGUGCCACUUAUCAGAUGGUUGAAGCAUAAUUCUCUAUCGUAUCCUCAGAUAGCUAAGCUCAUUUUGUUGUCAAGAGGGAAACUUGAGUCCAUAAGGAACCGUGUAGAGUGGUUGAAAACGGUGCGCGUUAAGGGAGACUUUAUUGGAGAUGCAAUGUUGAAGGGUGGAGAUAAUGUUGUGCUGCGGAGCGAUAGGGAGCUGGAUGAGAUUGUUGAGUAUUUAGAGUCCAAUGGAGUUAGGAGGGAUUGGAUGGGUUAUGUUUUGAGUCGGUGUCCUAAGUUGUUGUCUUACGGAUUCGAAGAAGUGAAGACUCGUGUGAAGUUCUAUCUGGAUAUGGGUUUAGAUGAGAAGGAUUUUGGCACCAUGGUUUUUGAUUUUCCUAAAGUACUUGGUUACUAUUCUCUUGAAGAAAUGAACCAAAAGGUUGAUUACUUGAAAGAAUUUGGGCUUGAAAGUAAGGAUGUCGGUAAGUUGCUUGCAUUUAGGCCACAAUUGAUGGCGUGCAGCAUUGAAGAACAAUGGAAACCUCUUGUUAAGUAUCUGUACUAUUACGGGAUUACCCGAGAUGGAAUGAGGAGAAUGCUUACCAUUAAACCAAUGGUCUUUUGUGUUGACUUGGAGAUGACUAUUGUGCCAAAGGUAAAGUUUUUUCAAGACAUAGGGGUUCGAAAUGACGGGAUUGCCAACAUGCUUGUAAAAUUUCCUACUCUACUCACUUACAGCCUGUACAAGAAGAUUAGGCCUGUGGUCAUAUUCUUGAUGACCAAGGCUGGAGUCACUGAAAGCAAUAUUGGAAAGGUCGUAGCUCUUGGACCUGAGCUCUUGGGAUGCAGCAUAGUACAUAAGCUCGAAGUAAAUUUAAAAUAUUAUUUGUCUCUUGGCAUACGCCUUCGGCAACUGGGUGAAAUGAUCGCUGAUUUCCCAAUGCUGCUCAGAUACAAUAUAGAUGUUCUUCGUCCUAAGUAUGUAUAUUUGCGGAAAACCAUGGUCCGAACUUUGCAAGAUCUUAUUGAGUUUCCGAGCAGGUUUUUCAGUUAUUCUCUUGAGGGUCGAAUCAUCCCAAGACACAAGGUUCUGGUGGAGAAUCAGAUUAAUGUCAAGCUAAAAUCCAUGUUAGCUUGCACAGAUGAAGAAUUUAACAAAAUGGUCAGGGAUAUGAUUAGAAAACGCCACAAAUUUCAAUCCGCUACAGCAAAGGACAAUACUACUCAUCCUCAAUCUCUCAUUACCGGCAAUAUUUUACACCCUUGACAUAUAAGAAAAAUUGAUGUCUCUGUGGAAAAACAAAAUGCGGCCGAGUUUUUGAGAAGUAAAGCAACAUAGUAAUUUUAUUGUAUUAACUUCAUGGGGAGACAAGUAACUGUCAUGAUAUCAUAAUUGUUCUUCUCACAGAUGAAGUACUUUUGCCAUGGAAGUGAUUUUCAAGGUGACAUCAUCACUAAGACUAAGAAGGAUAAUUUGUGCAACAUUAUCCUUUCUUCUAUAUUGAAGAGCACAGUCAAGGAGGUGAAAAUUUUCUACAAUAGAAAAUCCCCUCUCCCUUAAACUUAGUCUGAGGUAUUGGAGCUUCCAACGUCAGAGACACAAUUUAAUGGAGAGAGUUGGGUUUUUCCUACCUUUGCAAUGUCUAAGAUGGUUAAAGGAACAGAGGAAUACUUGACUGUUGUGCAAUUCAGGAAUCUCUGUCUGACCAAUAAUCACGGUUCCCAUUCUUGCAUUGAGUCCUCUCUACUGGCUGAUCAUCAAACUCAACCUAUUUCCUCAAAGAUCAACACUCAAAUUUACAUAUAAAAAACUCUUCUAAAUCUAUCUUGCUCAGCAUUUCUGUGAACAACAAUAAUAUUGAGUACACAAUUUUGCUUAGAUUUGAGUCCAACAAAUGUAAAUAGAUUAGUUGACAUUUGUUUAUAGUUGAUUCUAAAGGGAGUAGUUUGUUAAGAUAUAGAUUAAUUAAUAAUCAUUAUAAUCCAUAAAUAACAUGGCUAUCUCGUAUUCAGUUUUUUUUAAUCAGUUAUGGAUUGCCCUAUUGUUUUUCUUCUUCUUUAGGAUAAUUAUUCCAAUGUAUGUAAUAUUUUUCUGUGGAAAGUCACAUUAGUAUAGCUUUAGCAAAUUUGAUUGGUUUAUAGGUUUGUUUGUACAAAGUUGAGGUUAUUCAAGUUGAUGAUUUUAUCUCA